GACGUUAACGUCAUGCGUUGGAAGAUUUCUAUGUUUUGAGCUGUAGCUGCUGUGUCCACUGAUUGGUGCCUUUUGCUGCCGUUUUAAAGAUGAACGUGGUCCAGCAUUCUGAGGAGAAACUCCGCUCAGCUUUGGUGUCUAAAUUACCUGCUGUGGCUAAAUUAUACAGCGACUACACAGAAGGAGAAAGGCGUCUUCUGGAGGAAGGACUGCACCCUGGGAAGCGAGGAUCUCUCUUCCAGCCCAUCACUCUUCACUCUGACUCGGACUGGAUCGUUGCUCAUCCUGAGGAACCUCAAGACUUUGAGGCUUUCUAUAGAGACCCUCACCGCAAGACGCCUGACGCAGGCCACAGCACUAUUUACAUACAAACUAUAGGCUCUUUUGGAGACGUGGGACUCCAGACAGACCGGUACGUUGAAUGGCUCAGAGAUUACUGCCAGGCCUUUUUCUGUGGGCUUUCUGUUAAGUUGCUUCCAGCUGUUGGUGUGUCUGAAACAGGAUGCUCCUUUAGGGUGAACAGCAGCUCACACAACCUGCAGAUUCUCACAGGUGACUUGUUACAGUUUCUGGGGAAAAGAAAACCAAAAGAUGCUUUCUGCAUAGUUGGAAUCACGAUGAUUGACCUCUACCCAAAAGACUCCUGGAACUUUGUGUUUGGUCAGGCUUCUCUCAGUGAGGGGAUGGGUGUGUUCAGCUUUGCCAGAUAUGACGACCACUUUUACUCCAGAAAUUAUGCUGGGAGGCUGAAGAAGAAGCUUCAGCCGAGGCAGGGAGAUUACUCUGUGUUCCAGGGAUACUACACUCCACCCAUCACCAGCACUCUACUGCUUCGAUCCUGCAAGACCAUUACCCAUGAGACUGGACACAUGUUUGGAAUAAAGCACUGCCAGUGGAUGAACUGUGUCAUGCAGGGAUCAAACCACUUGGAGGAGUCUGAUCGUAGACCACUGGACUUCUGUCCCAUCUGCCUUCACAAGCUUCAGGUUGCAGUUGGAUUUAAAAUUGCUGACAGAUACAAGAUGACACUUUUUCACCCAACUCUGACCACCUCACCUGACGUUUCAGCAACAAGGCUUUACUGCAGUGGAUGGAAGAUGAUGAGAGUCAGCUGUCAGAAGCAGAGGGGGCAGCUGCUCACCACUCUGCUAUCCAUUUUCACAAACCAACCGAAGCCUUCAAUAAAUCCCGGCUGUGGCUCCGCAGCUGUUUGAACAAACUGGAAAUAAGUUAGCAGAAGUGACUGCCAGCUUUCAGACAGCUGAUGAAGAGUUUUGUUUAAGCCUCUUGAGGUUGUACCUGGGGUCUUGCAAUUGGAAGCUUGCAACUUCCUCAUGUUCUGGGCAUGACACUUAACCCCAAGUUGCCUACAGCUUGGUGUAUGAAUGAAUGAAAACAUGUGAAAUACUCAAAUGACAUCUUUUAGGUCAAUUGUUUCUCCUUCAUUUGGCUCAAACACAAAGAAAAAACCAAGUCACAAGUGCAGCUGGUUAUCACGAGCAAACAUGCAGGAGGAUCAUUAUGAUAUUUUUAUUGAUUUAUUGUGUAAACUGAGGACUUCGACAAAUGUGUCCCACUGAUAGGACAAGUUAGAAAUCAGAAGAAAUGUGGAUGGACUGUCAUACUUAGAAAGACAAACAGGAGAAAUAAACCCUGUGAAUUAAGGAACUCAAUGUCACAUUUAAAUUUUAGUCUGAAAUGCAAACUACAAUCUGAUGUGUUUAUGCUCACUUUAGCAUUAGCAGGUCAUUUUGAAUGGAUGGAUGUGUUCACAUUAUGCAGGCUCUUCAGUGUCUGAUGUGAUCAAUACACGAGCCAUCGGUUCAUGACACAAAAAUACACCUGGAACGCUUAAUUAAGAAGUUCAAAUCACGUCAUUGCUUUAUUGUGAUUGAAUGCAUCUUUGGUACAAAAUGACAAAUGAUUAAUAUACAGAAAAAAUAGAUUAAAAAAAGAAGAAAUUACUUUUUGUUA